GUUGACCUCUACAUUCCUCGCAAAUGUUCUGCCACUGGCCGCCUCAUUGCCGCCAAGGACCACGCUGCCGUCCAAAUCAACAUUGGUGAUGUUGAUGCUCAAGGCCGUCUCACUGGCACCUUCAAAACCUAUGCCUUUUCUGGAUUUGUUCGUGCUGCUGGAGAAUCUGAUGACUCCCUCAACCGUCUUGCUACUCUUGAUGGCUACCUUAAGAACGUCUGGAGCUACUCCAAGUGA